AUGGUUCCAGCCGAUGAAUUACUUCUGGCCCUUACUUCUGGCACACGAACUGAGAAAAACGGCGCCCUUACAGGUUUCAAAGUUGUUCUGCUUUUUGAUGAAUGGCGAAAGAAGUUAGGUUUGCUGAUAUAUUCAUCUGAGACUGGCUUGUGGAGUCCCGAAACUGUUCACAUUCCUAUCUCCUUUCGGAGCCAUGAUUAUCACAAUUCCAUUAGCUUCAACGGGAAUCUUUCUUGGCUCGCCCGAAAUAGUAACUAUGAUGAAGCUGUUGUAUCCAUCGAUUUCUACUCUGCUGGCACGGGUUCUGUUCUUGUUACGCCUUUCCCUGAUUUAGAAAAAGUCCCGAAAUUUACAACUACUUGUCAAGGGUUUCUCAUGUACAUGAACGUAGUCUCUGUAACCAAAGAUGAUGAGAGUGUAGAAGAGAAGUUUAAUAUAUGGAGGCUAAAGAGCGGAGAAUGGCAACUAGUAUCUGAAAUCGCCGGCUGGUUCAAUGAUAUACCGUUGGCAAUAAACCCUUUUGAUGCCAAGUCAGUCUACUUUUGGAGCAAGUAUGGCCAACGUUUGCUAUCCUUUAACUUACGCAAUGGGGAAUUUGUAUGCCACAAUAAGCUCAAAUAUAGCAGUGAUGGUCGUAUUUCGAGUUCCGUUAAAGGCCCGAAAGUUGUGAAAUACUUCACUGAGCCAAACUUUUCAUCGUUCGUUCUGCCACAAUGGCUGCAUCGGAUCCCGAACAUGGUGAGAAAAGUUUAG